AUGGGCUUCGCUUUGAAGAGGCCAGAUGAUGCCGUGGGCUCUGCUGCCCCGGCUAUCCUGAUUGGAUUGUUUGUUGCAUUCGGUGGUGUUCUCUUUGGAUAUGACACAGGUACUAUCAGCGGUAUCCUCGCCAUGCAUAAGUGGCGAGAGAUGUUCUCAACCGGCUACAUCAACCCGAAGGAUAAUCUCCCCGAUGUCACAUCCGGACAAUCAUCAAUGAUUGUCUCUCUGCUCUCGGCAGGCACUUUCUUCGGUGCCCUCGGUGCCGCCCCUAUCGCCGAUAAAUUCGGUCGACGGAUGGGCAUGGUUAUGGAGACCGUCGUCUUCGUCUUCGGAGUCAUCCUCCAAACCAUCUCAACCUCCAUUCCUCUCUUCGUAGCCGGCCGUUUCUUCGCCGGUCUGGGCGUUGGUCUCCUCUCCGCAACAAUCCCCCUCUACCAAUCCGAGACUGCGCCCAAAUGGAUUCGUGGCACAAUCGUCGGCGCCUACCAACUCGCCAUCACACUCGGUCUUCUUCUCGCCGCCAUCGUCAACAACUCCACCAAGGACCGCGACGACACCGGCUCCUACCGUAUCCCCGUCGCUGUCCAAUUCGCCUGGGCCAUCAUCCUCGUCGUCGGCAUGCUGAUCCUCCCAGAAACACCUCGUUUCCUGAUCAAGCAAGACCGCUACGAAGAAGCCACCAAGGCCCUCGCUCGCCUCCGCCGCAUGGACGUGAACGACCCCGCCCUUGUCGCUGAGCUCUCUGACAUCCAAGCCAACCACGAAUACGAAAUGAGUCUCGGAAAGGCUACCUACCUCGAGAUCGUCCGCGGAUCCCUCGGAAAGCGUCUCGCAACCGGCUGCGCAGUUCAGGGUCUGCAGCAACUCGCUGGUGUCAACUUCAUCUUCUACUACGGCACCACCUUCUUCCAGAACUCUGGAAUCAAAAACUCCUUCACAAUCACCCUUAUCACCAACAUCAUCAACGUCAUCUCCACCUUCCCCGGUCUCUACAUGGUUGAGAAAUGGGGUCGUCGCCCUCUCCUCAUGUUCGGUGCCGUGGGAAUGUGCGUCUCGCAACUCAUCGUCGCGAUCGUGGGCACAGCCAUCAACUCCGAGGUGUCGAACAAGGUCCUCAUCGCCUUCGUGUGCAUCUACAUCUUCUUCUUCGCCAGUUCCUGGGGUCCGGUCGCCUGGGUCGUGACGGGUGAAUUGUUCCCCCUCAAGGCCCGUGCCAAGUGUCUCUCCAUCACCACUGCCACCAACUGGCUGCUUAACUGGGCUAUUGCCUACGCCACCCCGUACAUGGUGAACAGCGGGGCUGGAAAUGCCAAUCUCGGCUCUAAGGUUUUCUUCAUCUGGGGUGGAUUCUGCUUUAUUUGUGGUGUGUUUGUUUACACCUGCAUUUAUGAGACCAAGGGCCUUUCCCUUGAGCAGGUUGAUGAGCUCUAUGCCAAGGUUCCCCGCGCUUGGAACUCGGUUGGCUGGGUUCCUUCCGUGAACUACACUGAGCAGCUUGAGAUUGAUGCUGGGGAGAAGAGGGCUGAGGCUGCUACCCACCACGAGAGUGUUGGCGCUAAGACUGAGGCUUGA